AUGUUGUGGGGAGCCUUACUGGGCUUCGGUCUUCUGCCCAGUAUAGCUGCGUUCACCACUGACCAGCUUCGCGAGCGCUCGAUCUACCAGGUCCUCACAGACCGCUUCGCUCGGCACGACGGCUAUCAAGCACCUUGCGACACAGAACGGAGGGAAUACUGCGGAGGAACAUGGAAAGGCGUCGAGCAACAGCUUGACUACAUUCAAGGCAUGGGCUUUGACACCGGUAAGCACCCGCGCACCCCUCCGCCUGACGCCACAGUAUGGAUCAGUCCAGUCGUAGCGAAUAUCCCUGGUAUACCGGGUUCCUCGAGUUAUCAUGAGCUUAAUCGCCACUUCGGGUCUCGCCAAGAUCUUCUCGAUCUGGCCAAUGCGCUUCACGCUCGCGGCAUGUUUUUGAUGGUUGACGUGGUUAUCGGCCUGUUACACGCCUGGAUCAAGCACCUCGUUGCGUCCUUCGGUAUCGACGCCAUCCGAGUGGAUACCGUUAAGCACGUGCGGAAGGAGUUCUGGCCCGGCUUUGUUCAGGCUGCAGGUGUUGCCGCCAUGGGCGAAGUACUGCAUGGGGAUCCCGCCUUCCUCAGGCGAUAUCAAUUGCACGCAAUGCACAGUCUCUUGGACUACGCGACCUUCUACCACCUCAGCAACCACGACCACCCUCGUCUUGCGUCGUCCGUGAGGGAUCCGGCGAAUGCUGCUGUCUAUCCUUUCAUCAACGAUGGCUUCCCGAUUAUGUUCCAAGGGACGGAACAUUGGUUGACUGGAGGGGAUGAUCCGGCGAACCGCGAGGCGAUAUGGCUGUCCGGGUUCCAAAGAAACACGCAGAGCUACACCAUGUACGCCCGGCUGAAUCAUGCGCGGAGGCGGGCAGCAGCGUAUCCGCCCUACCUGAACACGCUCCUGAAGUUUAUGAAGUUCGACACGCACUCCGUGGCAAUCUCUAAGGCGCCCAUGUUGUCCGUUCUGACAAACUAUGGUGCGCAUUCCCCGCCAAGGGCCUACUACAUUUCCAAGUCUGGCUAUGCACCCCUAAUCCCGGUCAUCGAUGUCCUCACUGGGCAAGUUUUUGCCACGGAUCCGCACGGAGGCUUGUCCGUGGUUAUUCUGUCUGGGGAGCCUCGCGUGUUCUUGCCACUGUCGAUAUGGGAGGGAAAGAACAGUGCUUGGCAGGCCGCUCACAACGCCAAAGUGGGUGUUACCCAGUCAUCGCCUGCCCGACAGCACUCUGUCCCACACCAGCCCGAAUCGCACAGCAAAAGCUCAAGUUUUGGAUCAGUGUUCAGCUGGUUACGGGGUUCAAAGUAG